AUGGUAUCCUCGAUCUCCACUCCUCAGCUCUCAUCUCUCCAGUACUCUUUCACCACACUCCACGCUACACUCUGCACUGCGACAUUCAUCAAAUGGGACACCGUGCUUCAGAUCUCAUCCACGGUCGACGCCGUAGGAACCGCUCCAAUACCGCCCGUGGUUCCAGCCAUCACGCACCGCCUGCUGCUGCUGCUGCUGGUCCUGGCCCCAGUACUCAGGCUUACCGGCAAGCUCGAGCGUCAAGAUAUGCGGCUCCCAGCUCUCACGCUCAUGGCUCUUCUGGCUCUUCAUUUUCGGGCUUCACAGCGUUGGCAGCGGACAGCAUCAGUCUGGCUCAAGUUACGCUACGCGAAGAACAACCAGUUCUGGGGUCAGAAUAUUCAACAGGGUCGCCCACCUCACAGCAACGGCAGUGGUAGCGGUAGUGGACAAGGAAGCGGGCACGCUAGUAUCUCCACGUUCACCAACACCGGCUCUGGCUCUGGCUCUGGACAGCACUCUGGCCCUGGUCAUCACUCAAACUCCCACUCGCAGUCUGGGUCGAGCUCGCCCAACCAUGGAGGCAUGUUCGAAAGAAGGCGCAGCGGCAAACCCUCGGCCUCUCUCCCCAACAUACACGAGAGUCCUCGUGGGUAUGAGUACGAACGCCACGGCAACUCGCGGUAG